AUGGAUCUCGACACAGUCACCGUGCGUGUCGGCGAAGCAGACACAGCAGUCAAUAUCACCGUCUACCGCAAUUUACUAUCCGAUGUCUCACCUUACUUUCGCGGCGCUUUCGAGGGUUCCUUCGUGGAAGCCACUGAUCGCUUCAUUUCCCUGACAGACGUCACCGAGCAAACGUUUCGUAUGUUUCUACAGUGGGUACACACCCAAGUUCAUCAGCACUCAAGUGGCGCUACCAUUCCUUCACCUGUGAUACUUCUUCCCGGAUCAACAGCAAAGAAUGCUGGCAACACUACCACGGGUCCUGUAGAGCUACAGCCCCCGCAUCGUACGCAAAGCGUUCCAGACGUCGGAUUUCUCCCAGAUGAUAUAUCAGCACUCGACGAGCUGGGCGGCCAUCAAAAGCGAUGGGAUGUGGAAGAGAUAGAAGGGCUAUACUUGAAGGAAUCGGAAUGGAUCAACGGACACCGCUUGUCGUUGCUUUCUUUCCUGCGUCUUUACGUCUUUGCCGACCAAUACAACGUCCCCCAGCUACGAGACGACGUUUUGACCGCCUUGACCGCACAGUCAAUUUCAUGGAGUUGGUGGCCUGAUAUUGAGCGAGAAAUGAUGGAGUCUGCGUACGCAAAACUGCCGCCAUCAUCUAAGUUCAUUCGCCUCUUGGUCCUGUCCACAGCUUACUGUUGGCUCUCGAAGCCUGGAACCUGCAGUGCUACUCGACUGCGUACCAUAAAGGAGAUGAACGAAGACUUUGCUUUUGAUGUCAUGGUUGUCCAAAACGAGAGGCUCAAGGAGACAGAGUCGUCGGAGGGUAUGCCGUUUUGGCUGGAGGACGCCAUGCCAAAUUCUUGCACCUUGCAUGAGCACCUAGCACGCGACGCAGCGAAUUGCCGGAAGCGAAUUCGUGACCAACCAUACAUCUUCAUCGGGCUCAUCGAGAUGUGCGCGCAAGACGACUUAAGCAUAGCGGAAGAGUGA